AAAAUAGUUGACUUCAUUUUUCUCUAUGUCCUCGCCAAGAAUAACGGCAUUUCACCAUUUCUUCCAUGCCUUGUCUGAACCUUACACAGAACUCAUCGGAAAAUAUGCUCACGGACAAGACCUGAGAUCGGGAAAAGCAUUGCACGCGCACCUCAUCAUCAAUGGGUUGGCCCGUAAAACCCACUUUGCAUCAAAGCUCAUUUCUUUCUAUGCAAAAUGCAAACAGCUAGAAGAUGCACGUAAGUUGUUCGAUGGAAUUCCCCAAACAAAUGCCCGUCGUUGGAUUGUCUUGGCCGGGGCUUAUUCGCGGCAAGGAAUUUAUGAGGGAGUCAUGUCCUUGUUUAAUGAAAUGCAGAAGUCGGGAUUGCAUCCAAAUAAGUUUGUUCUUCCCAGUGUCUUGAAAGCAUGUGGCCAUCUCUUUGAUAAAAAAACUGGGGAGAAAUUGCACGUUGUCAUGCUGAAAUACGAGUUUGAAUCCGAUGCUUAUGUGGGUUUUCUCAAGCAGACGAUAGAAAUAUGGUGUCCAAACUCUUCAGCAUGAUGCACGAUGCGGGCAUACAACCCGAUGUAGUAUCUUGGACUUCUGUGGUUUCUGGGCUUGUCCAGAAUUUCCAUAACCGUGAAGCCUUUCGUAUCUUCAAGCACAUGUUGAAUGUUGGGUUGCAUCCAAGCUCAGCCACGAUUAGUACUUUAUUGCCUGCUUGUGCUAAUUUGGCAAAUAUACUUCAUGGGAAGGAGAUCCAUGGAUAUGCAGUAGUGAUGGGAACUGAAAAGGAUGUGUAUGUAAGGAGUGCCCUCAUAGAUAUGUAUACUAAAUGUGGGCUCAUUCACGAAGCGAGGACAAUAUUCCAUAACAUGUCCAUGAAAAACACAGUUACUUGGAAUUCAAUGAUUUUCGGCUAUGCAAAUCAUGGAUUUUGCAAAGAAGCUAUAGACCUUUUUGAAAAAAUGGUAAGAGAGGAAGAGAAAAAAAUGGACCACUUGACUUUCACAGCAGCUCUCACUGCUUGCAGCCAUGGUGGGAUGGUUCUGUAUGGAGAAAGGGUUUUCAGGAAGAUGGUGGAAGAACAUGGAAUCGAACCAAGGUUAGAGCAUUAUGCAAGUAUGGUCGAUCUGCUGGGAAGAGCCGGGAAGAUCGAGAAGGCGUAUGAUUUUAUUCAAAGUAUGCCGAUCGACCCGGAUUUUUUCGUGUGGGGAGCUUUAUUAGGGGCAUGCAGACAGUAUGGGAAUGUGGAUAUUGCAGAGGUGGCGGCUAAAGAAUUGUCUAAGUUAGAACCUGAUAGUGCUGGAAGCGGUGUGCUGCUUUCUAGCCUAUAUGCAGAUGUGAAUAGGUGGGGAAAUGUUGCUAAGAUGAAAAUAUCCAUAAAGAAAAAGAAGUUGAAAAAGUUUCCUGGAUGUAGUUGGGUAGAAGUUGCAUAAGCUGCAACAAUUAUACCUUUUUUAAUUUUCUCAUGUGGUCGAUUCAAUUGUAAUGCAGUUGACAAUAUUCCAUUUGGAAAAAAGAAAAUGCCACAAAUCUUACUGCAGAAAAAUAAUUUGUUUAACCAAUUUCUAGGGUUGAACAAGGUAACCCUAAUCCCAAAGCGACUUUACAAACCGAUCGAAACUAAACUCAUCAAAGCUGAACUUAUCGAAACCAAAAAAGGCGGAAACCAGCCAACUAAUCGACGGUUUUAGCAUUAAAACGAUCAAACCUAGCAGAACUUAUUAAAAUUGGUCAGAAUAUGCUAAAAUCGGCCGAAACUGAAUUGGCUAAAUACAAAACUGCAAACGAAUCGACGAAAGCCCCUACUGCAUUCUCUAUGAUUGGAAUAUUCAAUUGCAUACGGAUUUUUUACCUCUACUUGACCUCUUCUAUAGCACAAUUUCCCAGAAUAAGAAUGAAUUGAAUGAGGUGUGGUCUCCAACUCACGAAUAGAACCAUUUAUACAUUUUUCCUGAGUAUGAUUACUAAAGUUCUUUUUACACUGGUCUUGUGAUCCUACACUUUGCCCUUAUUGAAUUUUAUAAAGCACUCUUUAUAAAAGAAUUAAACUAUAAGCCCUUUAUUCCCUCCCUCAUGUCUCACAGAUGCUGCCAUCGUUGGAAGCUUUACUCUAAUGAGAAGCAACGACCACUGAGGAGGGUUGAAAGGGAAAGCAGCCAGAAUUAGUCAACUUUCUGCACGUAAUCUCCUACAUUGUGC